UUUCACUCAAUAUGUUCAAAUACGAAGCUUACAUCUUGUAUCUAAUUGUCCUGUUAGAUCCGCAGGCUGCCCAGGAAAACAGCUGCCCCAAAGCUUCCCUGAGCGAACGACUUGAACAACGUGGAGAAUUCAGCCUGGUCGAUUUUGAUCCACUGCUGAAGUCUAUUGUGAAAAACCCACAUAAGGAAUUGCUCGGCAAAAUCGAAGGUCUGGUGGAGCACACAGAAAAUAAACUGCAGCCUAUGAAAUCAGUGAUUCCAAACCAAUCGAAGGCUUUGCUGAAUGAUUUCGACCUACAUGGCAAAUUGGAAUAUCUGGACGCAGCCCUGCAGAAGGCAGUAAAUUCCCUGCACUGCUCGCUCGAAAACAAAAAGGUCGUGUCAACUGGGAAACCCCAUCCGGAAUUCCAGAAGUUGGGCUCGAGGUACUUCUACAUCGAGCGGCAUGUCAGGCAGAAUUGGUUCGAUGCCGCUGACAAAUGCCGUAGGAUGGGCGGUCACCUGGCGACGCCCCAGGACGAGGAUGAGCUGUACAUCAUCCGCAAGCAGCUUGAAGCCCGAUGGUUUUGGCUGGACAUUAGCAAUCUGGUCGAUAAGGACCAAUACAUAUCCCUGGCCUCCGGGAAAGAAGUGCCGUAUCUUAAGUGGCGACACGGAGAGCCCAAAAAGAGUUCCGCUGCAAACUGUGCUUAUUUAUACGCCGGAGACUAUUACACAUACCAGUGCAGUGACAGAAACUUUUUCAUUUGCCAAGCUGCGUAAGGAGACGACUGCCCUUAGAAUUCGAUGGUACAAUCUAAACGAUUUAGUAUGGAUUUCAUGUCGAAAUGUGCGUUGAAGUAUUAAUAAUGAGUGCAAAUAAAGCCGCUCGUUUAUUAUUCAAA